GACUUCACGCUUGCGCAUUGCGGUCCUUCGCUGAUGCAAGAAAAUUUCGGCACAGAGGCGUGUUACUGAUCGAGGAAUAAAAAGUGGUCUGAUUUGGAUCUUAUUCACAUCCCAAACAUGUCAGGAGACGAGAUGAUUUUUGAUCCCAAUAUGACCAAGAAGAAGAAGAGGAAGAAGAAGCCCUUCAUGCAGGAUGAGGAUGGAGGAGAGGGAAUUGGAGGAGAAGAGGCUAAAGAGGUGGAAGCAAAGGAGGCAGAGCCAGAAGUUGGAGAUGACAAGGAGGUGGAUCUAGAUGAAGAUGAAGGAAGGAAGAAAGAACCAUCUGAUGAUUUAAAUGACCUAAACUUCUUCAACCAGAAGAAAAAGAAGAAGAAACCCAAGAAAGUAUUUGACAAUGACAUAGAGGAGGGAUUAAAGGAGCUGAAAAUUGAAGGAGAGCAAAUGGAAGCGCUGGAUGAGGACAACCUGGAUUUGAUGCUUCCUACCAAAAAGAAGAAAUCAAAGAAAGUUGAUUUUGAUGAGGGAGAGCCGUUGGAAAAAGAUGAAGCACUGGAAGAUGAUGAAAGCAAGAACAACGACGGCAUCUCGUUCAGCUCCUCCACAGGACCAGCCUGGGCUGGCUCAGAAAGAGACUACACUUAUGAUGAGCUCCUAAACAGAGUGUUCAACAUCAUGAGGGAGAAGAACCCUGACAUGGUGGCUGGAGAGAAGAGGAAGUUUGUGAUGAAGCCUCCUCAGGUCGUCCGUGUGGGAACCAAGAAAACCUCCUUCGUCAACUUCACAGACAUCUGCAAACUGUUGCAUCGUCAGCCUAAACAUCUCCUCGCUUUUCUCCUGGCUGAGUUGGGAACAAGUGGUUCAAUAGAUGGAAACAACCAACUUGUGAUCAAAGGCAGAUUUCAACAGAAACAAAUAGAAAAUGUUUUGAGAAGAUAUAUCAAGGAGUAUGUGACAUGUCACACCUGCCGCUCCCCAGAGACCAUUCUGCAGAAGGACACUCGUCUUUAUUUCCUACAGUGUGAGACGUGCCACUCCCGCUGCUCCGUCGCCAGCAUCAAGACCGGUUUCCAGGCUGUGACGGGCAAGAGGGCGCAGCUCCGCGCCAAAGCCAACUAGAGGCCAUGAAAACUGGGCUCCCCAUCCUCUCUCAGCCUCCUUUUUCCCCACAGAAGGGCUGAAGCUGGGGUUGGGUGCCCCCUCGAUUUGCUAAAAGGACUCUCUGAAUUGAACUGCGGGAGGGUUUGGCUGUUGUUUAGUUGUCGUGGCCUGAUGGGCAGGCAGGCAGUGAGAGAGUAUCUUAAAACCAACAAAUUCGGGUUCAGUAACCAUAAGCAGAUGUUCACCACAUACACUGUUGGAUUGAAUGCAUUUGUUUGUUGUUUGGAUAAUGAACCCUCCUCCUCUUAGGUUUUUUUUGUCCAUUUGCUGUGAUUCUUGAUUCCUCCAAGAAAAGCCUGAUUUACCACAGCUUUUAUCCUCCUGUUUCUUCUCCCUCUUUACAUACCAGACAGAAAGACUCCAAUAAAUAUUACAAUUCUCCACACA